AUGUUUGCUUCUCAAUAUCCGCCACCACUAAAUCCACCCAGAACAACAGGUCAACAUCAUCACAAAGAAACUAUUUGGAGAAUUCUUCUCGAUAUAAUUAGUCUUAUAAUAUUAAUUGCUAUAGCAGUUAUUAUAAAUUUUGUUGCAAAACCAUUUACACGGGGUUUUUUCUGUUCGGAUACAUCAAUACAAUAUCCAAAACAAGAUAAUACAAUACCAACUUCUGCUGCUGUUAUUUUAUCAAUAGGUCUUCCAAUUAUUUGGAUGUGGAUCACAGAGAUUUGUAAACAAAUUUAUUUUAAAAUAUAUGAAAAAAAAAUGUAUAUGACUUAUGUAGAAAUAUCUUACUUACGAGCAAUAUUUGUAUAUCCAUUGGUUCGUAAUUUAUAUAUACUCACGGUUAUAUUUUUCUAUGGUUAUCUUGCAACUUUCAUUUUAACUGAAAUUGCAAAGAAUUUUGUCGGUGAAUUACGCCCCAAUUUUCUAGCCGUAUGCCAACCGACUUACAAUUGUUCAGCUGUCACAUCAUUAAGUCAAUUUCAUAGUUAUCUUCAAUACGAAAGUAAUUAUACAUGUCAGAAUACAGAUGACUCAGCCGUACGAGAUGCACGCAAAGCUUUCUUUAGUGGACAUGCUUCGGCCAUAUUUUAUGGUUUCGUUUGGUUGAUAAUGUAUAUUCAUGUUUCAUGGUCAUGGCGUCAUCUUGGCAUUGUGGGCCAUUUAUUUCAAGUUGGUAUUGCUAUACUUGCAUUUUAUAUUGCUUACACGCGUAUUAGUGAUUUUCAACAUAAUUGGUAUGAUGUAUUAGUGGGCAUUAUUGUCGGUUCUUUUAUAGCAUUUUUCACAUUUAAAUUUAUCCUGGAUUGGCGUCGUUAUACUCCUCCAUUUCUUCCUUACAUAGUAAGCUCAUCACCAAGAACAUCACCAGUAUUUCAACCAGGCCACGGUGAUUUUAGUUUCUCGAAUUCAUAUAAUGUACGCGAGCCGAUUCGUUAUUUUUAUUAA